AUGGAGGUAUUUGGAAGGGUAGCCCUACCGUGUGUGCCCUACAAGCCAAUGUCUGUGACUCAGGAAGGUGAUAUCAGGGAUAUUCUGGAGUUUGUCCGGGAGUCGAAGGGUCUAUGGGAUCAGCGAUGCGAGGUCAAGGUGUCGGGUUUAGGCGGAGUGGGUGUGUUCGCUAAGCAGGACAUUAACGAGUCGGUGCCCUUAUUGAAGUUGCACAAGAGCUCUAUAUUCUCUGCGUCAAAUAGCUCCGUGGCGAAUCUGCUUGUCGAAGAGCAGAUCGACGGGGUGCUUGCGCUGAACAUCGCGUUCAUAUACGAGACCACAGUGUUCAAGGCGAGGAGCCACUGGACUAAGUAUCUGAAGAGCAUUCGGGUUGAUGAGAACAUACUGCCGCCGUUCUACUGGGAUGAAGAGUUGAAGCGGUUGAUUAGGGACACGACAAUUGACUGUUUGUAUGGGGCGCUUGAGCCCCAGGACGAGCUGGUCGAAGGGUUUGAGAUUGCUGUUGAUCUGGCGAGGAAAUGGCAUGACGAGCUGGGACUGGAGGUUCCACGAGGCUACUUCGAUGUGCAGGAUAACUCGCCGGAGGAGAUAGAUCAGAAACUGAGAAGGUUCGUGGCGGUAGCGUACGCCAUAUCAUCGAGAGGGUUCGAGAUCGAUGCGUUCCACGAGACCGCGCUUGUACCCAUCGCAGACUUGUUCAACCACCACAGCGAGUCCCCUCAUUUGCAGUUCAGGACAAUAUAUGAUGUGUGUGACCAAUGCGGAGAGUUUUUUGGGUGCAGACACAAUGAAUCAGAUGAAGAAGAUGAGGAAGAUGAGGAAGAUGAAGAAGAUGAGGAAGAUGAGGAUGAGGACGACGGAAAAGAUAAGGUAAACGGUAAAGGAUUGACCAUGGAGUUGGUCAAAGAGAUAGACGACGAGCAAGAAGAGGAUCUAGUGGAGCCUCGAGUUAAAAAUGAAGAGCUAGAAGACGAUGAGUGUGUAGAGAUGAGACUAAUGAGUCCCGUUAAGCAAGGCGAAGAGAUCUUUAACACAUACGGAGAACUGUCAAACCCAUUGCUACUGGUGAGGUACGGGUUCUGUGUUGAAGGUAACAGCAAUGACGUGGUGCAUCUAGGUACCAUUCUGACCGAUCACAGCCGGAAGCAUAAACUCAAGCAUGUUACAGAAUGGUUCAAAGAGACUGGCUAUAAACUAUUGCAAGAGUGGAUGAAAGAGGAUGAUGAUGAAGAAGAAGGAGGAGAAGAAGAAGAAGAAGAAGAAGAAGAAGAAACCAGCUGGCUGUCGGACAUAUUGAUUACGAGCGAUGGAGAGCCUUCGCAGACUCUGAUUGUUCUAUGUAAGUUGCUCUCGAUGGACCAAUUGCACUGGAAGAAGUUCAUGAAAUACCCCGACGAGAAGAAGUACAACCAGCUGGGCAAGACACAGGACGCCAGAACUCUAUUACUGUCACUAGCACAACAGAAGUUGAAACUGCUGGACAAAAAACCACUACACAAGAACGCAACACAACAAAGCCCAGAGCACAAAGCAGCAUGGACACUGCUGAUGCAGGAAAGACAAAUACUUCAGAGAUGCAUAGACAACUACACAUAA